GUUACAUCUUAUUUUAGCGAAUACAAUUAAAAUUUCAAAAAUGUCUGCUGAAGAACAACGAGCGGCCUCACUCCGAGAUGCCGAGAAGAAGGCCAUCGAGCUAUUCAACGAGAUUGAGAAAAGUCUUAUCCGCCCUGGCAUCAGCGAGAAAGAGUUGAACAACCAAAUCCAUGCUCUGGGCGCUGAACGCCACGGUGUGAGGACUCAUUGGCACAAAAGAGUGAUUCGCAGUGGACCCAAUACAUUGAGACCAUUCGAAGAAAACCCACCCGAUAGAAUAAUUCAAGAAGAUGACAUCCUGAUCGUCGACCUUGGGCCUGUCUUUGAAGAGUGGGAGGCUGACUUUGGCCGCACCUUUGUUUUGGGAAACGACCCCAAUAAGAUCAAGCUGCGCGACGCUCUCGAGCCAAUCUGGAUCGACGUCAAAGCCAAGUACUGGGAAAAUCCAGACAUGACGGGAGAAGAACUCUAUAAUAUUGCCAAAGAGGCUGCUGAGAAGGAGGGAUUUGAGUUUGGUGCACCGAUUGCGGGACAUAUUGUCGGGUCUUUUCCGCAUGAACGCAUUCCCAAAGACAAGAUCACCCUUUACAUUGCUCAAGGGAGCAACAACUCUAUGAAUACAGUUGGGAAGGAUGGGAAUAAGAGGCAUUGGAUUCUUGAGAUCCAUUUGCAUAAUAAGGAGCUUGGAUUUGGUGGGUUUUACGAGCAAUUGUUAACAGCUUAAGGCCUAGUUUUAUAGCCAGUUCUAUUUACCUUAAAACACUUCUUAUAAGCUAGAUAUGUUAUUUGCAGUUAAGACCUCUGGCUCAGAGUUUGUCUUACAAUAUAGACUUUGGAGGCUAUAGGAAAGCUUGUUAAUAGAAUAGGCUAAUAAUACACCGCAUGUUACAGCUCUAA